AUGGACGAGGACGAAACCGAGGAUGAAGACCAUGAGGACGAGGACGAGGAUGAGGACGAGAACCAGAACCAGAACCGGGACGAAGGCCAGGACGAGGACGAGAACGAGAACCAGGACGAGGACCAGGACGAGAACGAGAACCAGGAUGAGGACGAGAACCAGGACGAGGACAAGGAUGGGGACGACACCCUGACUAACGAUGGCGCCAAUGAGGAAGACAACGACCUGGAAUUCGAAGGCCAUAAGCAGUUGGAAAUUGGCCCAGCUGACAAGCACGUUCCUCCCCACCUACUCAACCUCUCAAAAAAGCGAAAGACAGCUGUUUCAUCGGACAAAGAAGCUGAACCUAUUCAACCCCCACCUUUGAAGAAGCAGGCCACUGUACCUACUGCUGACGAGGACAUCCCAACCGUCUGUCCGAGUGAUGGGUGCAACGAUAUCGUGCCCUUACAUCCUUCGGGAAUGAUGCCAGGUGGCGAAUUCACGCGCCAGACACUCAAGCUCGAGAUGGAGCUCUGUGCUGCCAUCCAGAGCAACCUGCAGCGCGAAAGGCACAUUCAAAGUUCUUACAAUAACAGAUGGCUAUCCCAGAUCAAUUACUUCGCCGAGGAUUGCUUUGUUUACAAGACUCUUCUUACCGAUCUACUUGAACAGGGCUAUGGAGUCGAGCUCGACAAAAAAUUAGCUUUUCUUGCACGCCUGAAGAUAUUUGAUGUUGGACGCCCAAUUUUCAACAAGGCACGGCCUGGAUACUAUGGUCCGAAAGGCAGCGCAGUCCUUCGCGCGACUAUCAGCAGGCUAUUUGACCCGCGGAACGGAAUUCCUACUGAUGCCUUUGCCCCACUCUCCUAUGAACAGUACACGUAUUUUGUUCUUAUUCCGUACAUGGCCAGCCGACUCAUCGCCGACGAUCGGGGGUUUACUGACGAUCAGCAGUGCACGCUUCAGCAGGCAUUCGAAAUCAUGGUGGCCAGUGCCAGUGCCGAUGCCGGUGAUGCACUCCAGGGCAUCGACGAGGAAGGGAAAGAUGAGCAGUUUGAUGAUGUUCUCAUGAAGAUCAUGUUGAAUCAGGUAACCGAGUUAGACUAUGUCACGGUGCCAGUGGCCCAGGUGUCGCAGCCAACAGCCGUGGCCCCUCAGCAGCAGAAAGGACGAAAAAAGGCAAACAGGAAGGGGACAGUCAUAGCUGAUUCUGCCCGCCGGCGAAGUACCCGCCUGGCUUCGUCCCAUCGUUAA